UGUGCGGCCUUCUGCAGAUGGGCGUAGUGGCCAUCUUUGAUCCCUUUGAUGGACACAUAUCACAUCACAUUCAGUCGAUCUGUGACGCCAAGGACAUUCCGCACAUUGAAACUCGCUGGGAGUUUAAAAAUAAUCGCAAUGACCCAGAGUCUAUUAACUUGUUUCCCAAAACUUCGCUGUUAACUAAAGCUUACGUUGAUAUUGUUAAAGCUUGGAAUUGGGAGCACUUUGCAAUAGUGUACGAAAACAGUGAAGGCCUUUUUCGCUUACAAGACUUUUUUAAAGAAGCCGAAGCUCGAAAUUGGAAAAUAAAGUUGCAUCAAUUUGAGUUUGGAAAACCCUAUCGCGACACAUUUUGGAAAAUUAAAGAAGAAGGCGAACUAAAUAUUAUACUUGAUGUGAAAAACGAGAACAUUUUUCGAGCUUUAAAACAUGCCCAACAAGUUGGUCUUAUUACUGAAGCACAUAGCUAUUUAAUUACACAUUUGGACCUUCAUAUGAUUGACUUGGAAGACUUUAAAUUUGGCAAAACCCGUAUUACUGCCUUCUCUUUGAUAAACAGCAACACCGAAGAGCACAAGCAGCUGAUGGUGGACUGGAAAAAGGAGUACCCAAAUCAGUUUACCGGACAAAUAUCGACGGAAGCAGCACUGCUCUACGACGGUGUGAGCAUGUUGGCAAUUGCAAUGCGAGACCUUGACCACUCUCAGGCAAUACAAAUUCAACAGGUCACCUGUGAGGGCGCCGAGCCGUGGGCGCAAGGCAGUUCACUGAUCAACUUUAUGCGACCGGUAAACUUUACCGGCCUCACGGGUUAUGUCGGUUUUGACGACCUAACCGGCGCAAGGUCCAAGACGGCGUUGCGCAUUGUCACCGUCAGACCGACGGGCCUAGAAGAGAUUGGCAGCUGGCAGGAAGGCCCUGACGCAGAGCGCCGCCUGAACAUCAACCACAGCUGGGACGACCACUACUCCAACUCGGCGCUGCAGAAUAAGACGCUCAUAAUCACGACGGUAAUCAACAAGCCGUAUACCAUGGACAAGGACUCGCCCUUCAAGCGGAUCGGCAACGACCGUUACGAGGGCUACGCCAUCGACCUGAUCGCCGAGUUGGCAAAGAUACUGCACUUCAAAUACGAGUUUCGCCUGGUGAAGGACAACGCCUACGGGCGGCCGGACAAGAACGGCACCUGGAACGGAAUGAUGGGCGAGCUGAUUCGCGGAGAGGCCGACCUGGCUGUCGCCGACCUGACUAUCACCUCGAAGAGAGAGGGCGCAGUUGACUUUACGCAUCCUUUCAUGAACACCGGCAUCAGCAUUCUCUUUAAGAAACCGACGAAGAAGGUGACCUCGCUCUUCUCCUUUCUCUCGCCCUUCUCCUACUUUGUGUGGAUGAACGUCCUCUGCGCCUACAUUGGCGUUUCCUCGAUUCUCUUCGUCGUCGGCCGCCUGUCGCCCUACGAGUGGGAGAAUCCGCAUCCCUGUCGGCAGGAGGAGCAAGUGCUGGAGAAUAGCUUUAGUCUGUCGAACAGUUUCUGGUUCACUAUUGGCUCUCUCAUGCAGCAGGCCUCGGAUUUGACGCCAAAAGCAAUGUCAACCCGAACGAUAGCUGCAAUUUGGUACUUUUUUACCCUGAUUAUGAUUGCCUCAUACACCGCCAACCUGGCCGCUUUUCUGACCGUCGAGAAGAUAGUGUAUCCAAUUGAGAACGCCAAAGACUUGGCUGCUCAGGAAAAAAUCAAAUACGGCUGCCUUGUUUCAGGCUCGACGGCGUCAUUCUUCUCGGAGUCAAACUUGGACUACUACAAAGUAAUGUGGAACUUCAUGACCAAACAUGCCGACGAGGUGUUUAUGAAGUCAAACGAAGAAGGCCGAAAGGCGGUGGAGGAACGGGACGGAACGUACGCCUUCCUCAUGGAGUCAGCCUCCAUUGAGUACACCAUUGAGAGGGAGUGCAACCUGACGCAAAUCGGCGGACUGCUCGACUCGAAAGGAUACGGAAUCGCCACUGCUAAAGACUCGCCGUACCGAGUGCCGCUGUCGCAAGCCAUCCUGCAGCUGCAAGAGAGCGGCGACUUGCUGAUGCUCAAAGAGCGCUGGUGGAAGCAGAAGAAAGGCGGCGGCCAGUGCGCCGAAGACAGCAAAAAGGGCUCCGGAACGGAAUCAGUCUGUGAAGAGAUCAUUCACGAUCUCAAAUUUGCUCUAAUGUGCCAAAGUUCCUCAAAUUAUGCCUCCACCGCUAAUUCUGAGACGCUAGAGUACCUAGUGGAGGAACUCUACCGUGAACGAGGCAUCAAGAAAAUCGUCAUGGAGUGGUAUCCGGAAGAAAUUGUCUCCGAUGCCAUAAGAGAGAUGUUUGUUCCCCACGAGACUAGGCUCGUCAGGUGGACAAAACACAGCCCCGAAAUUGGCAGUGUUGCCAGGGUGCUGAGAAGUUUGAUCCGCAGUCAGUUCCGAGAAGGAAUGACUGAUCUGGACAAAGAAGCUGUUGUGGAGCAGGUGUUGGAGGUUUACAACCUCACCUACCAACCACUGGUAAAGGCACAGCCUGAACAGCUACUGUACGGUGUCAGACGUACAGAUGAGCUAUAUCUUGAGGAUCACCCCGUAGAAACUCAAGUCUGGGAUUACGAGGAUUGGAUCAAUUCGACUGAGGCUGAUUCUGAAGCCCAGAAUGAUCAAUCCAUCCCAGGGGCCGAAGGCCAGAUGCAGGACGACCAAUGGAAUGGUGUUCGCAUUAUCUUUGACAGAAUCGACAUACAAGAUUAUGUUCACACUGUCACUGACAACGAGGAGGAGGAGAUUGACAGCGCCCCUGUAAAAGGGCCCCUCUCCCCAUCCAAGGGAGACUGA